AUGGGCGUUCGUCAAGUCAAAAUUUCCAUCAGUGAGACCAACGCUCAAAAGACCGUGGUUCAAAGGGUGGCGACGACCGUGAAGAGAUGGUGUGAGAAAAAACGUCUCACGUUAUGCUCGAAGAAAAACGCUCCUUUGGUCUCAUUCAUCCAUCACAAAAUGCUUUACAAAACGUUCAACGUUGCCAAAGAUCAAUACAGAAGACUUGAUGACGAAACUCAAAAGCUGAACAACGAGCUUUCGUCAUUCAUUUCCCUCCACCCUGAGGUGAGUAACGUUUUCAUUCAAGAUCAACAUUUUUCUGGUUGCAGUUGAACGUGACGUCGGAUGUUGUUGUCGACGAGGUCGAUACUUCUUCUUUCGGAUACAUAAGGGAAAUCGCUUCGGAAGUUCAAGUGCUCAUGAUGGACUACAAAGAAGCUGACCGAAAGGAAAGAGAAGCGCACGCCAAGGCGAAAACCUUACGCGAAGAGUACAACGAGCAGAGAAGAAUCAUGAAAGAGACUCCGUCGAGUCUCACUUGGCAACGAGCAGAAGCUCUCAGAGACGAGUUCCACAAAGUGGAAUCUUCCAAGAAAGGAUUGUAUGACGCGGCGGCCAAAGCAGACAAAAAACUGAAGGAGUUUGUCCAGGGAAAACUGGUGAGUCCAAUUAUUUUUUUGUUGUGUCGACAAAUAUAGUAUAACGUGUAAAACUUUUUGAUUACAUUGAAAACUCGACAAAGAACAAGGAAUUUUAAUAUAUCAUUUUUUUUAAUUUGAAAAAUUUGCAGGUGGUUGCUUCCGCCGCACGCGAUUCUCGUAGACUGGCGCAGGAGCGAUUCAGAUCUAUUAUUUUUGAACAAGGUGAUUUUUUUCGAAUAAUCUAAAGAUGCAGAGGCAAAAAGUCAACUAUCGCUUAAUUCUCAAAAAAACUCACUUUUUUUCAUGAACAUUUUCAGACAAACGGCAAGGCUCCUCAAAAAAAGUCUCCACUUGUUCUGAAUCAAAAAGUCGCAAUCGAAAACAAGGUUAGUUUUGAGUUUAUUAGAAACUCAAGUUAUCAAAAACCAGCAAAUUUCCCUUUGCAAAUCACGAAAUUACAGGUCAUUGUCGGCAAUGUUGGAGACAUUGAUGCAAAUCAAUAAGACCGCCAAGAGUAUCCAUAAUAAGAAACAGGUAAAAGUUACAACUACUAUAUCAAAGCAAAAUGAGAAUAUUUUAUCCGUUUUUUCUAUUUAUCGAUCGAUAAUUCACGAAAUUGCAGGCCGUCGUUGACCCUAGUGGAGACAUUGACAGGCAGAUCAAUGAGGUUACCAAUGGUAUCCGAAAGAAAAUAAAGGUAUUCAUUCACUAAUAUUACACCGAAUCAAAGCUUUUUUUCUUUAUUCUUAUAUCAGUCGAAUCUUUAUAUCAAUCGAAAAUAUCCAAAAUUGCAGUUCAUCGUCGGCCCUGAUGAAGACAUUGAUGGGCAAACCAAUGAGAAUACCAAUGGUAUCCAUGAUGGAAUGCAGGUGAGACUUUUGACUUAGAAUUUCACUUCGAAACAGAAAAAAGGACACAACCAUUUUAUCAAUCUUAUAUUUCAGGUGUUCAAUGGCCAGGUGAACGACGUCGUUGAACAGGACGGCGUCAGCAACGACGGCAAAUAA